CGUCGCGGUCCGGGCCCGGCGCAGACUGAUCCCCCGGCGCUCCAGUGUACGAGGCUCGGGAGUUCCGACGCUGGGGAGCGAGUGGAGGCAGCCGUGUUUCAGGGUUCUGGGAAGCGGGGGUGCGGGGCUGGGACUCCCGGCGUUCCCUCAGGUGGUACAGACGGCUACUUCUUAUGCUUGGAUGCUGCCCUUUCAUCUGCAAAGAUGGUAAUAAACCUUUGCCUCCCACAGUUCAGACCAAGAAUUCACUGCAACAAGAUCUCAGCAGAUGGCUAUGAAGUAGAAAAUCUCAUCUCUGAAGACCUCGUGAAGAGAAGCCGUGGCUUCCGCACCGAGUAUUUCAUUAAACCACCAGUCCAUGUGACUGUGUCCUUUCCCUUUAAUGUGGAAAUCGGCAAGAUUAAUGUGGACCUCACAGCAGGGGGAGUCCAAAAUAUCACUGGCCUGGAAAUGUACACGUCUGCCUCAUCAGGUAAAGCCUCUUGGACCAGCAUGGAGUCUCAGCCCUCACUCUUGGAGCAGGCCACCACUGACAAAGAGGCUUUCACCUUGGUAGGGAGAGUCUUGUUAAAAAACCAGAGUCGAGUGACGUUCAGCCACAGGGGCUUCAAGGCCAGGCCACCUUUCCAUCAAUUGGAAGCUACCCUCUCCUCUCCUGGAACUGUAACUCAGGAGCUCUGGAGUAAAGGCCCCUCUUCUCUUAGUCAUGUAUCCCACUUAAAGAUCUGUAUCACCCAUGUCGCUGGCAGUGGGGUCACUUGCAUUAAGAAGGUGGAAGUGUGGGGCCAACCAGCCAAAACCUGCCCCCAAGAGGUCAUAGAGAGCAUCAUGCUGAUAGCCUCUCAGAGCCUUCCUCGAGGCUUUAAUCCUACCGUCUCUGUCCCUACCCCGGCAUUGCCAAUGGAGAGUGACUGUGAGCCCUGUGGUCAUGCCCAGAGCCAGCAGCCACCAGGGCUUCAGGAACUGGCAGAUGUGAUCCAGGAUGUGCCUGAGGAAUUCUUGGAUCCAAUCACUCUGGAGAUCAUGCCCUUCCCCAUGCUGCUCCCCUCUGGCAAGGUCAUUGACCAGAGCACCUUGGAGAAAUGUAACCGGAGUGAAGCGGCUUGGGGCCGAGUCCCCAGUGACCCCUUUACAGGGGUGGCCUUCAGCCAGCACUCCCAGCCACUGCCCCAUGCUUCUCUGAAGGCCAGGAUAGACUAUUUCCUGUUACAGCACACUGCUCCUGGCUGCAACCUUCUUGGAAGAGCCCAGAUUUCUGGGGUGGCAGUUCCCUCUUCCAUUGCCGUGACUUCUCGCAAGAGAAAGGGGGAUUUCAUGGAGCAGUCGCCAAAUGACAGCCCUCCUGUUGAGCCUUCCUGUUUUUCUACCACAGACUCACCAGUCACAUCUUCUACCUCGGAGCACAACACUAAGAAAAUGAAACUCGACAUGGAGCCAGGCCUGACACAUAUGGAUUGCUCAUCAGCAGGUGCCAUCUCUCACGAGCAGAGAUUGUCAGAAAGCUUGGAUGUUGCCUUGACUUCGGCCCUCAGCACUUUGCCAUCCUUCACAGGCCGCCUGAUGAAGGCUCAGCCUCAGCUCCUCAGUGCAGGGAACCCCAGCAGCAGCUUCUGGAGUUCAAGCAGUGGGUCUGAACAGACCUGGAGCAGCCUUGGUCCCGGAUGCACCUCUUGUAGCAGAACAUUUUCUCCUUACUUCAAAACGGAGCCUGUUUAUCAGCUUCCCUGUGGCCACCUGAUAUGCCGCGCCUGCUUAGCUGAGAGGCAGAGGGCACUGUCCAUCCUCUGCGGGAGCUGCAAGAAGCCUGUUGCCAGCCAGGAUGUGCUGAGGGUCCACCUCUAAGGCUGUGCUCCAUGGAGUUAGGGGAGGACCUGAGGAGAGCCGGGGGAAGGAGCACAAGUGGGGUUCCCUCAGGGUGGCCUAGGCGAGAGCACUCUUGGUCAGUCUGCUAGGUGGGGUCAAUCUCUGUAGCCAGCCUUCUCUCUCCAAGGGCUUUGCUCCAACUGAGGAUAACAUUGGUCCAUCCCUCUGCACCCCACCUGAAGUGGUAAUAGGAUAACCAAGCCAUAUGUUUCCAGGGCAGGAGUUUGUGAACUGCUGGGGCCACCCUCCCACCCCACCCCCACCCAUCACUCCCCAGGCCAGGCACCCUGUGAGUCAAACCUUUAUCAGCUGGGGUCAUGCCUGGGCCUUCCAGACUCCCCCUCUGCCACAGGUAUCUGUUCUGGGCAAGUCUUCCUUUGUGUUGACUGAGAAGCCAAGAGCAGGCUGACUCCUCUGCCAGGCCCUUCCUUCCUCUCUCCCUCUCCCACCAGCCCCUUCCUCCAAAGGGACAAAAGCUGGGGUUCCCCGUGGCCUAGUUUGGCAGAAGUAAGUGAGCACGUGGCCUCUGGAUGGUGGAGGAACCAUCUCUCCCAGGGAACAAAGUGGCAUUAAAUCAGGGGGAGGGUGGGCUGGGUUGGGAGGGGAACUGGGAAUUCUUUGGUGAGAACAAACAGGUUCUUGUCUGUCUGUCUGUCUGAAACUUCAAGCCUUAAUAAAGGGAUGGUUUGGGCUGCC